GAGACGUGGCUCUGUGCUGCUGCCAUAUUGACGCUAGGUAGCUAACAAGCACACAACUUGGAGUCAGCUGUACAUUCCCGUGUGAGAAGAAAUCAUCAAAGCAACGUACACGAGAGGCAGAAGAUUGCUGUUCAAUAGAAAGAAACGAAAAUGGUGCUGUUGGCAGCGGCGGUGUGCACCAAGGCCGGCAAGGCCAUCGUAUCACGUCAGUUUGUGGAAAUGACCCGGACACGUAUUGAGGGUCUUCUGGCUGCUUUCCCGAAACUGAUGAACACAGGGAAGCAGCAUACCUUUGUGGAAACAGACAGUGUUCGCUAUGUGUACCAGCCACUGGAGAAACUCUACAUGGUCCUCAUCACAACCAAGAACAGCAACAUCUUGGAAGAUCUGGAGACACUCAGACUCUUCUCUCGAGUGAUCCCAGAAUAUUGCCGUGUGCUGGAGGAGAGUGAAAUAUCUGAACACUGUUUCGACCUGAUUUUUGCCUUCGAUGAAAUUGUAGCUCUAGGCUACAGAGAGAACGUCAACCUGGCUCAGAUUCGCACUUUCACAGAGAUGGAUUCCCAUGAGGAGAAGGUUUUCCGUGCUGUCAGAGAGACCCAGGAAAGGGAGGCCAAGGCAGAGAUGAGGAGGAAGGCCAAGGAGCUACAGCAGGCUCGGAGGGAUGCUGAGCGCUCUGGAAAGAAAGCACCUGCCUUUGGGGGCUUUGGCAGUGCCGGUAUGACCAGUGUCUCCUCAGGGUCCAUAAUCACAGACACCAUCGUCGAGCCUGAGAAGCCUAAGAUCACACCAGCUCCUGUCAGACCAAGUGGGCCCAGUAAGGCUCUGAAACUGGGUGCUAAAGGGAAAGAAGUGGACAACUUUGUUGACAAGCUUAAGUCUGAGGGUGAAACCAUUAUGCCUGCCUCAGGAAAGAGAGGCUCAGAUGUAUCUAAAGCUCUGCCACCACCAGUCAAUGUGGAGAGUGUGCAUCUGCGUGUGGAGGAGAAGAUCUCGCUGACUUGUGGUCGUGAUGGUGGCCUACAGAACAUGGAGGUGCUGGGCAUGGUGACGCUCAGAGUCACAGACGACAAAAACGGACGCAUUCGCCUCGUCAUCAACAAUAAUGACAACAAAGGACUCCAACUUCAAACGCAUCCCAAUGUGGACAAGAAGUUGUUCACAGCUGAGUCGGUCAUUGGCCUGAAGAACCCAGAGAAGUCGUUCCCUCUCAACAAUGAUGUUGGUGUACUGAAGUGGAGACUACAGACUACAGACGAAUCUCUUAUACCUCUAACCAUAAACUGUUGGCCUUCAGAGAGUGGUAGUGGCUGCGAUGUCAAUAUUGAAUAUGAGCUGCAGGAGGAGAGCCUUGAGCUCAACGAUGUGGUCAUUAGCAUCCCUGUACCAUCUGGUGUGGGAGCUCCUGUGAUUGGUGAUCUCGACGGAGAAUAUAAACACGACAGCCGGCGAAACAUCCUUGAGUGGUGCCUACCAGUCAUCGAUGCCAACAACAAGACUGGCAGCCUGGAGUUCAGCAUCGCUGGACAGCCCAAUGAUUUCUUCCCAAUCAGUGUGUCCUUUGUGUCCAAGCGCAACUACUGUGACAUCCAGGUUACCAAAGUGACUCACGUAGAUGGUGACAGCUCCAUAAGAUUCUCCACAGAAACCUCCUUUGUUGUCGACAAAUACGAAAUCCUGUAAAAAGAAAAAAAAAACAAAAACAAAAAAAAAAAACAAAAUUGAAAAAAUCACCAACAAAAAAAGUCCAAAUCUAUGCUACAGAGAAAGAUUGAAGAAUUCUUGCCUGCCCACCUUGUAUACUAUGUCAGAGACUGUGUACAUCAACAGGACUACGUGAGCCCUCUGGGAAAGCCUCUUGCUGUGGUGGAGCAGAGCAGCGGUGGUGUAUUUAUAUGUUUGUAUAAGAGAGGAUCAUCUAUAUAUAGAGUUAAUUGAACAGGAAAAUCAACCGACAAACAUACACACAAAAGAAGUUUAAAAACUACACUGAUGCUGUUGUGUUCGCCAAGCAGAACUGUAAAGAGGACCUGAGACCAAGUAGAGGAUGACUGGGGGGGCAGGAGAGGCCAGUGGCCAUGUCAUCGCCAGUCCGUCGGUAAAACCCCAGAGCAGAGGCUUAGAGGGAGGACAGGACAGGGAGCUGAGCCCAGCUUGGGAGUGCUGGUAGUUUAGUCUCCCUGAGACUCAUCCAUCCUCCACAACCUGUACCUGCCUUCUUCACAUUAAGCUACUUUGCUGUGGUUCAUUGAUUAACAGCUUUUCAAUGGGGUCCUGCUUUCUUUUUUUUCUGAUUUUCCUACCAUAAUAAUUACAUAAUUGUAGCUGGUUCAGUCACUACAAACCUGUCACUCUUUAAUCGUUGAACUAUGUGAUUUGCUCUUAUUGAUAUCACACGGAUUAUAUUUUUUUUCUCCUUGUAGAGGUAGCAGGUGGCUGAAAAGCAGACUCUGCCUCUGUGCUGAAUAUACUGUCUGUAUUUUUUGCAGUUAUCAGCUAUACUGUUAAGAAAACAACCUUUCCUUUUUGAUAUUUUUUACUGUUCGUUGUAUAAUUUGUCAUUGUUCACUGCUAAUCUGGACAUGAAAUUUGAAGUGCGGGACUUUGUAAGGGAUAAUCAGAUGCAGGGCAUCAGUAAAUGCAUAAAUUCAUUUGAUUUUGGCAUCUGUUAAAUUUUCCUCUGAUCUUUUUUCUGGUAACACCAUUACAGCCACUCCUCAAUUUUUUUUGGGACAUUCUGGUCCAUCAAGUCCAACGAUGAGCCCUCAGAGUAAAAGAAGUACUUUGAAUGCAGCCCAGAAACAACAUCCCAAGAUCCUUAAUCUAACAUCCCACAGAUGUGAGAUGUGUUGGCACGAUGGUAGAAAUGCUACAGAGACUGAACCCACUCUCACUUGACAUCCUCAAAGCAAGAGGUUGAGCUGAGUGACUGGAGCCUUCACCGAGCUUUGCUGCUCAUCCACCCAGUCAUCCUUUACUUACAUCCUUAUCAGCAUGAUUCAGGAUGGUGUUUUGUUUAUUUUUUUUUAUUUUUAUUUUUUUUUCAUUUAUACUCCCCAAAUUUCAAUUUAGAAGUGGAUAUGGGGUUAAAAAUGACUAGAUUGAACGUUUUUAAUUAAAUUACCGAAGGGGAAUCUUAACAUUCCAGUGUACAAUUAGAAAAAAAAAGAAUCUUUAAUGGAAUAAAAUGUAUUAUUG